ACAGCAUAAUAUAGUAUAGUAUAGCAGCGUGAGGCGCUCACAGAAACUGGUGGUCAUCUCUGAAUUUCAAUUGGUGGCAAAGCAGAGGGUCCCCUCCCCAAAGUAAACGGCUAUGGCGGCAACUUCCAUUACUGCAUCUUCCAUCCUCUUCCCAUUCACAACAACCACACCCAAACCCUCUCAGCGGUUUCUCUCCUUUCCUUGCCAACACCACACCCUCCGUCUCUCAGCCUCUGCCUCUGCCUCUGCCUCUGCGGCUUCAACUCCGACCCCCUCCAUCCAAAUCGAGAAAUCCGCAGCCAGCACCACCCCCUCCAAGGCCCUUCCCUUUCGCGUCGGCCACGGCUUUGACCUCCACCGAUUGGAACCCGGUUACCCCCUAAUCAUCGGCGGAAUCAACAUACCCCACGACAGAGGCUGCGAGGCUCAUUCCGAUGGGGACGUUCUCCUUCACUGCGUCGUCGAUGCCAUUCUCGGGGCCUUAGGUCUUCCUGAUAUUGGCCAGAUAUUUCCCGAUUCCGAUCCCAAGUGGAAGGGUUGUGACUCUUCCGUCUUCAUCAAAGAAUCUGUGAGACUUAUGCAUGAGGCUGGUUAUGAGAUUGGAAAUUUAGAUGCUACAUUGAUACUUCAGAGGCCAAAACUAAGCCCACACAAGGAUACUAUCAAGGCCAACUUAUCUGCAUUGCUUGGAGUGGACUCUUCUGUAGUAAAUAUCAAAGCAAAAACUCAUGAGAAGGUAGAUAGCCUUGGAGAAAAUAGAAGCAUAGCGGCUCACACAGUGGUUCUUCUAAUGAAGAAAUGAGAAGAAAACAUGGAAAUAUUGAGGAGCAUGAUAGAACUAUAAUUCGUAAAAAAACUGAAAUUUAUAAACUACAUUUUAUUAUCUUGUGUACUGUUUAUUGUUUAUACAUGUCUUAUAGAGGCGAAAAAGUAUUUAUUGGUGUAGCUCUAGUCUGCAUGUUGCUUAGAAUUUGGUUGCUGUCUUUAAUUUUUUUAGUUUUUUUUUUCUUUCCA